AUGAGAUCCUCCGUCAACAGCGAUGUUUUGCCAGUCUCACCUUCGUCACCUUCAUCUCUGUUGUCAUCUUCAUCAUCACCUUCGCUGGUGGUGGUGGUGGUGAUGGUGGUGGUGGUAGCAGUAGUGGUGGUCGUGGUGGUGGUUGUGGUGGUAAACAGGAAGUUGGGUGCCUCCAGGAUGUCGUCCACGACUAAGUCUUCACGUUAUAAUGCUGUUUCUGGCUAUUAUUGUCUUAAUAAUGGAGACCUGGAGGGCGUGCUGGAGACUGGAUCACUGGAGACUGGAUCACUGGAGGCUGGAUCACUGGAGGCUGGAUCACUGACGUGCUCGACACACCCCUGCCAGGAGCAGCUCACCAUAGUUCACUGUGAGAGUCUCAACUACCCUCACCACCAGCAGUUCACUCCAAGGCGACUCAACACUGUAAACUUACAUCAUUUUGUGUGUUAA